UUCCAAUCCACUACCUCUAGCUUAGGUGGAUUCAUUUCUCUGUCCCUCGACUAGGCUGCGACUGCUGCCAUUGAUUGCUUCCUACAAUCGCCACAACCUUUCUUUGGUCUUCGUCCCGUCCCCUCAAACAGCUCCAACCAGGCUGGACGACAACUACAAGGCAAAGCACAGAAAGCAAGCCGCCCAUGCCUACAACCGCCCCCGACAUCCGCCCUCCGCCCCUGACGUCGCGCCGGCAGCCGAUUUCGGCCGGCUUGCCCACAGGAGGGUGUGCUGGCAAGCCACAUUAUUUGUCAAUUCGGAACCUUUGUGUGGAAGAGAUGUGCUACCUGGUAGGUAGUAGGUAUCUAUCUACCUACAGGUAUCUACCUAUCUCACUCCGUCCUCCGGCAAGCCUUCCGCUCCCAACCCAACGCCGUCACAGACCUAUGGGGACGCUUCCGUGCCUCUGGAGUGACGAGUAGCGAAAGUCGGCUCCAAGCGCAACCUCCGCGCUAAAGAAAACGACUGGAUUGUUUGUUGGUCUUGUGUGACGGGUUCAUCACUGCGCGGGGAUGCGGCACGGUAUGUAAUUCCUCACCAGCAACCGAGAGGGAGUGCUUACCUCGCGACCUAGCUGUCGGGUGGGAAGCUCGCCUAUUUCUUUCCUCAAUAUUUUAUGUGCGCCCGACCCUCCUUCUUGGGCCCACGACGCCACAACCUCACCGUCGCCAUAUUGGGUGGAUGCUGGGCAGGCAAUCCCCUGUGCCCACUUGUUGCCAUCAUACCGGGCCUACUGCUGCAUGCCCUUCGCCUGCAUAUGGCCCGAAGCGGCUGGCGGAACGCAGACUUAUUCCGUUGUCACGUCUCCCGUCACAUCUCGCAGACCGGUGAAGCUAUGGGUUUGACUGACAGAUGCUGCUCCGUACAUCGUCCUGUUUUUUGUUCGCCUUACCAAGCAAGCCCGCCCUGUGCGCCCGCCCGGGUGUUCGAUGCUCGAUACGUAGGUACUUUGGUACCUACUCCCACAUUUGGCGGAAGAGGCUUCCCGUACUCUACGCUCCUCCCACCCUCCCGCCCCCCUCGCACUCCAAGUUGUUUCGCUGUUCUGUGCCUCUUCACAGAAGGUAAUACGGAGGCGGAUGGCAGCAUGCCAAACAUGCCUCUGCCCAAUGUCGGGCUAUAUAAAGGACCUCACCCCACACAACACAUCUCUCCCAGGAACAGCAAGGCCUCUUCCUCCUUCCCCAUCCAUCCAGUCCUGCGCCCUCACCCCGCACACAGAUCCUUUCUGUGAUGCUAGUUCCCCUGUUACAACUUCCAGCACCAGAGACGAGACAGCUGGCCCUCGGGUCGAACCCUCAGUACACAAUGGCGCCGGCAAUAGCGCCGGCUACCAACAUCUUGCUUGAUUUCUACGGACAGACCAUAGAGAACUGUCGGUUCAUGUCCCACGAGGAUGCCGAGAUCUCCAUCAUCACCAGUAUGGACCCGGCCAGCGGCAAGUUUCGCGCCACCGUGGUCCGGACUGAAGGCUACGGGCGCCAGAAGAAGCGGACGGUGAUUGUGUCCGAGGUUGGCACCACGCUGGUCGAUGCCAUCGAACUUCUGCACACCAAGUCGGCCGAGGCAGUUCAGAACCACGUUACCACCCUGGGCUAUGAUGUUGUCCCCAGGAAGAAGGACCCCAAGCGGCACAAGCACAAGUCUUUUACUGGCAACUCCUGGGAAGAUUCCGUGACCAGCAGCAGCAACGACGAUUCAGAGGCCUCUGACUCCGACUCGGGCGCCUCGGAUAUAUCUCGAUCGGCUCAUCGUGUCCCCGAGAUGGGGCUCUCGGACGACGGGGCUGUCUUCGUCUCUCGAGCGACGGGCUCGAAGAAGAAGACCUCGACCGUGAAGCCCAAUGCUGUGCGGCCAGGGCCCCCGCCUAUUCCGGCGUGGCCACCCCAAAACCGCGUCGGCCCCCCUCCCCCGCCUGGCUUCCUUGGUUUCCCAGGGCGCGGGCCAGUCCCAUCCAAUGGCGCCAUUCCUGGCCUUCGACCUCCCGUCAACGACAAUGCAGUCCCCCGCUCCAUGCCACUGCCGCUGCCGCCGAUGCCCAAGGGCAUGCUACCGCUGCCGUCGUCCGGCACGAUCCCAUCGCCGCCGGCCCCGCCCGUGGCCAACGCCACGACGGCCCUGGCUGCCGGGCCAUCCGGUCCCGCAGCCGCAAACGCAGCCCGCCCGCCUUCUUUCGUCCCACCGCCGCCCGGCAUGUCGAUGCCCCCCUCCGCUCGGCGGCCGCGCGACGCGGUCGUCAACAUCAAGUGGGCCGGCCACGACGACGGCGCCACCAUAUUUGUGUGCUGCCCGCUGUCCAAGCAGGUCAUCGGCCUGCAGGCCAUACGCUACGUCGCGGCGCACGCCGACGAGUUCGGUCCCGACCGCUCGCGCGGGCCGAACCCCGGCUGGCUCGUCUGCCUCUUCAAGAGCGUGGUCCUGCCCACCAAGUCGCCGAGGGGCGGCGCCAUCAUGGAGAGGUCCUACGGCCUCGAGAGGUACGAGAGGGAUGACAUGUCGACGCUCUGCAAUAGCGUCAGCACCGCCGGCGCCGUGCCGCGCUUCGAAGUCACCGUGGUUGGCACGCCCGGGCCUGCUGCCGCCGCUGCUGCUGCUGCGUCACAGUCGCAGUCGCCCAAUCCGGCUUCGCUCUCGCCGCCGCCACCACCCCCUGGAUGGUGGGGGCAGGCUGGCCGCCCCAAACCGGCCGACGACGAGGGAAGCGCUACUGACGAAGAGUAGGAGAAAGAAAAUGACAUGGUUCGCCUCUUGUUCUUACCUCCAGGUACCUGGCCGAAACGUGGGGGAUGACAUGGGGCGUCUGCAGCAAUGGCAGGUGGUGUGAGGCUUUUCUUUUCCCAUUUGUCUUUCGCUUUAGUCUCUUCACUCCUUGAACAUGAUAACACCCUCCGCGAGUCUUGAACGCCCCCUUUCUGUGUUUCUUUUCUCAGUCAUACAGUGAGUCAUCAGGGGAGCCAUAUUUCUUUCUUUGCCUUUCCUUUCCUCCAUCCCAGGCUUCCCCUUCUUUUUCACCCCACGCCCCGGAACCUCCGGCGCUCUGCCCUCUCAUUGGACGUCAAUUCAGCUCUCAUCAGGGCGACUUCCGGACGAGCCGCAAAACCAGCCCACGCUGGCAUCAGGCUUUCUUUACUGGUUCGGUCUUUCAACACGAACUAGCGGAACCCGUCACAUGGGGAGGAAGAGGGGGGGUGGGUGGACUUGGGGGGAUUUUGGUUCGUGCCGCGCGGCUGGCGGAAAUGAGGAUCUCCGGUCUUGUCAGCUCAGCCUCGCUCCGGCCCGAAUGAUGCCGCCCGACCAGUCAAACUGAAGGAUGGCUUGGUUUGUUUCUCGUGUUAUUUCCUAGCCGGGUGACCGACGAUAACGACGGUGUCUGGGGCUUUGUUUUUGCUUCUCUGGUUAACUCUCCUUGUGUCUCUCCCACCGUCUCUUUUUCCCCGUCCUACAGCAGACCGCUGUUCUAAAACCUUGGGAUUGUCACUCCUUUUCAAAAAAAAAACUAAAAAACUAAAAAAACUAAAAGAAGAUUAUUCUCUUAAAACCAACCAUUUUUUAUUUCCGACCGGACCUUCCGUCGUCGGGGGUUUCGUCUCACUCAGCAACCAUUGCUGUGAGUAAUCAAUAAGUUGGUGUAUCACAUCAUAUGCCCUAUUCAGUGAAAUGACAUCCGAACCCCCCAUUCCUGCCUUCCCCCCUUUCUCCUUUUUCUUGGCUAGAGAGUUUCUUUUUGGGAGUGGUAACCUGUUUUGAGAACGAGGCUGUCGCUAGGGGCGCAAAUCGCCAUAGUUUCCGGACAUGUAGCCACAAUACGACGAUUCCCGAGAUAAUUAAGUCCCCGUGAUAUUGCCGUGUGUUGCGCGCCAACCAAACAACCUUGACGCAAAUCACUUUCGCAAUUUGGGUUUGGACGGCCUUGGCUUCGAAGCCGAGUUUGUUUGCCACAUACAGCCUCGUCGCGCGCAAUGAGAUCUGCGUCCAACCAAGAUUUCUCCCCUUUUCCUGACAGGCUCCGGCAGCCCACCCCCCCACCAGUCAUUGCCCUGCAUUGCGCGCGCCGCGGAUACCGGUAUUGCGCCCGCACUUUCGGCAAAAAAGAUCGCCGCUGCCACCACUCAAGGUGCAGAAGAUGCAGGGCAUCCCAUUUGGACGGGCCAGCCUCACUUUUUUCUUCCUUCUCUUGUCGUUGAUAUGCCAUCAAAUGAGGUUAUAAAUGACCCGCAUUAAAUAGCUUUGGCCAAGAACAAAAAAGUGGUUGGUGAUAACU